AUUUCAAUAUACCUGCAAUAUAAUUAAAUCUGAUGUUGAAUCAAAUCCAUCAGCAAUGAUUAAAACAUGUUAUCAAAAAGUUUUUAAAACAAAAACAGAAUACUCUAGUCUAGCCAUUAUGGGUUUUAAUAUAACAAUAACAAGUAUUGGUGAUCUAAAUGAAAAUAAAUUCUAUGGAGUCAGCACUGGUUUUGUUUCUUCGUUUACUACACAUUAUUGUGGUGCACAAUAUUUGUUUGUACUUAAAAUUGAAGAAGAACAAUGUAAUUUAGAAAUUUAUUUAGAAUCAGAACAUACACAUCAAUUUAUAAAACAAACUCCAGAUAAUAUUUGGAAUAAGUGGCAUCAACAAACAAGCACAGUCAUUCAAUUUCUACUUAUAUUACAAAAAAUUUACCUACCUGAAUAUACUUUUCAAGAAAAAGAAUUACGAACAUGGCAGUCAAUAUUUGUUGCUUGUGGGUAUACUAAUGUAACCUCUGUUCCAAAAAAAGAAUCUUUAAUAGAGUUCUGGAGCAAAGCAUCAGACUCUAUUGCAGACAAAGAAUCACUAGAAACUUUUUAUAAAAACAAUAUUAUCCAAUUCCUGCAAAAUUUACAACUAACACAAGAUUCAACCUUUUGGGAUAGUUUUAGAGAUGCAUUACUUUCGAAUAAAAGAGGGUCUGAUGAUGCACUGCUUCUGCAAAAGCCAAAAAGAACAGCUUCAAGGCUUACAAAUAUUCAAGAAAAACAAUUUCUGUUAUUUUUUCAAGAUGGAGAUAAUGUUAAAAAAUUCCAUAAAACUUACCCAAAUGAUAUGAAAAGAACUAGUUUUAUAGCUCGAUUAGCUGAUUCAGAGAACCUUAAAUAUUAUCAAGAUCUUGGUAGAUUAUGUAUGAUUUGCUAUGACUACAGAUAUGAUACUUUCAAUAAUUUGGAAAAUAUUAUUCAUUCUAAUUUUACAGAUAAAAAUUUUAUGAGUAAAGAUGCUGGUGAAAUAAAGCUAAGGAAUCGAAAAAGUACAAAUAGAAUAGAUGCACAGGCCAUGUAUAAAGAACUCCUGGAAUACAUCGAAGCUGGUAAUAUAGAAGAGAAGGAUGUUUCAAAAAUUAUUACGAUUCAAAAUUGGAUAAACACAUAUGCUUAUGUUUUUAAGCGAAGAGCAGAAAUUGAGUCAGAUAAUAUAAAAAUUGCUGUUAUACAGGAAAAUCUACUUCAACAAGAUAUAAAAUGGGUAGAAAUUGCCAGUAUACAGGAAGAUCUACUUCAACAAGAGAUAAAACAG